AUGUGUCCUUUCCUUGAAAAGAACCUGAUCAAAGUUGUCGUCCGGUUUCUGAUCACCCGAUGGACGUUACGUAAUCAUUGUUGUUUUUCACAUCGUGCUCGCUUCCCUCCUGCCAUCAGUCUUCCUUCCCUUGCAGACAGACCUCCGCCUUUGCCCGCGGAUCCAACACUCUUUUUAUUCUUAUAUCACGACGACGACGAAGAAGAAAUGGCGUCGCCGUCGCCUGUUACCUCUACACCCGCAACCACCACGUCUUCCACCACCACCACUUCCGCCACCUCCGUGACCACUAGCACAAGCGUCUCCGACACCAGUUCAAAGUCUACAUCAGUGACUAGCACCACAUCCGCGGCACCCACGUCGGUAGCGACCCAGACUACGACUGCGCCCCCGACGAAUACGAGGGUGACGACGGAUCGAUCGGGGGGUGUCGUUACGCUUACUUCGUUCCUUACGACGUCGGCUACUAGUGGGGCACCGACGAGUUCGAGCGCUGCGUCGACUAAUACUGGCCCACUCAUGGUCGUCGUCGUCGUAACGGCCUCCUCGUCAUUCGCAUUGUUUGCUCAGCUUCGCAUCGUUGCGACCCUCUUUUUCGUUUGCCUGUUCAUUAUGACUAAUGCUGUCAAUCUUAUUCCUUUCAACCCUUCUUUGGGGUGCCCCAUGCCCUUUAUUCCUCCUUGCUCGUUUCAUUUGCAGCCUCAGUCAAAGAGAUUCUUCCACAACACCGCCGCCGUAGCAGGCACAUUCUCCGUCGUCGGCGUCGUCGCACUAGGCAUCUUCAUCGCCCUCUUCACCAACGCCAUCCGACGUCGCCGAGCCCAAAAAUUCGACCGCGAAAUCGCCGAAGCAGCAGCUGAAGCCGCUCGUCAGCCCGCCCCUAUCUUUUUGGACGACGACGACGAGGGCGAUACGUACAAGGGCUAUCGCGGGGGCGGGGGAGGAGGGUACGGUGGUGGUGCGUCUGGGGGGUAUAAUAGCGGGAGUUCGGGGUAUCAUGGUGGUGGAACUAUGCAAGACCGGCAGUUCUCGGACGUUUCGUCGCAUGGGACGUAUGGCCAACCUCCGAUGUCGCAUGAGGCGUAUGGGAUGCAUGAGAUGGGGCAUGGUGGUGUUGGUCCCGGAGAGAUAUUUGUUGAUCCUUAUAUCGCUGGGGCGGGUGCGGGUGCGGCGGGUAUUGGCGUAGCGAGGGCUAGGAGCACGAAGGACGUUGCGGGUGGUGGGUACGCGCAGGCUUUGAAUGAUGGUGCGAGCCCUUACCCUGCUAUGGCUGCUCCGUCUUCUACCGGUGGUCCACCACCAUCCCAACAAUCGAUGCCUAUGCUUAUGGGGUAUGGAGGGAGUAGGAGUCCCGAGUAUGGAUUUGGGAGUCGGAGUCCCGAGUAUGAGCUUUUGGAGGCUGCUGGGAUGGGUGGUGGUGUGGCUAGGUCGCAGUCUCAACAACAACAGCAGCAGCAGCAGCAGCAACAACAACAAAGGCAGUAUCAUUAUCACCGUAAUCAACAACAACAACAGCCGCAGCAGCAGGGUUUGGGAAGGUCGGGGACGUCUGGAUCGCAGUAUUAUUCGGGUCCGCCUGCAGCUGCGGGGGAGUAUUACCCUCCUCCUCCCGGUAACCCCCCAGGACAAGGCCAGCAGGGGUACGCAGGAGGGUUCGUGCAGCCCCCUCAUUCUUCUUCCCAACAGCCACAACAGCCGCCGCCUUCGCAUCAAGAAGAGGAAGGCGAUAUGGAUGAUGCGUAUGGGGGCAUGGGGUAUGAAGAUGACGGGGAUCAGCAGCAACAGGUUGAGAGCCAAGGAGGGACAUUGCCUAACCCUUUUGAUGCUCCGCAUAGUCACAGUGUUGAGAGUGAUUAUGAUGAUGAUGAGGAGGAGGAAGAGGGGAGGAGGAGGGUGUUGAAGGCUCCGAAUGAGUGA